CCGCUGCUGGUGCUGAUGCGAGUCAUGGCCGCCGCCAAGCAGACAAUUUGAAAUUAUCUCGUGAAUCUGGAGGAAGCGAUGUAGGCAGCAUCUGAGUUGGAAAGGAGCUCGCAGCUCACUGUGCUUUUAUUACCUUGGGAAAAGCUUUGUAUAUUCAUUCAAUGCCUAACAUUGCAGACUCUCAGCUAGAGAGUAGUUCUGGAGAAAAUGAACAUGGACCUGGAAGAACAGCUUCAGAAGUGAAUCUUCAUGGUACUGUGAAACCGUUCUGUGCUGCCGGUGCCUCCGUUGCCUCUCUUGGAUCUAGUGGGGACAGGCAUUAUCCGUGGGGAUGCCCCGUCACUCACACCCGAGAAAAGUUUUACACUAUCUGUUCAGACUAUGCUUUCUUAAACCAGGUAACAUCCGCUCGCAAAAGCCCAAGUGCUACAGUUAGUGCCUGCCUACAAGACAACACUGCCUUAAAUGUUAGGAACAAUUCGCCCGGUUUCAUUGGCAUCCGGACUGGUGCAUCAGACAUAGUUUACAAUGAAGAUACUCACUUGGAAAGUUUGUCCGAUAGUCUUGGAAAGCUCCCAUUGGCGUGGGAAAUUGAUAAGUCUGAAUUCAGUGAUACAUCCCCAGAACUGAAGAAUCGAGCAGGCAACAUAAAGAAGCAAGGAACCAAGAAGAUGUCUGUAGAAAAGAAGAGUAAACAAUACAGAGAAUGUCCGCAACAUUAUGCUCUUGAAGAAAUAAAACAACGGAAAGUGUUAGAUCUCCGAAGAUGGUACUGUAUAAGUCGCCCUCAAUAUAAGACUUCGUGUGGGAUUUCCUCAUUAGUCUCUUGCUGGAAUUUCCUCUAUAGCACAAUGGGAGCUGGAAACUUACCUCCUAUUACUCAAGAAGAGGCUUUGCAUAUAUUGGGAUUUCAACCUCCUUUCGAGGAAAUUAGAUUUGGGCCGUUUACUGGAAAUACAACAUUAAUGAGGUGGUUCAGACAAAUUAACGACCAUUUCCAUGUAAAAGGAUGCUCAUAUUUUCUCUAUAAACCUCACGGGAAGUAUAAGACAGCUGGGGAGACUGCUUCGGGGGCUUUGACCAAGCUAACUGAAGGACUGCGAGAUGAAUCUGUGGCCUACAUUUAUCAUUGCCAAAAUCAUUAUUUUUGCCCCAUUGGAUUUGAAGCCACCCCAAUAAAACCUAGCAAGGCAUACAAAGGGCGCCUGUUGCAGCAAGAUGUGGAACACUGGAUACUCAUCGGAGAGCCAAGCAGAAAACACCCAACUAUUCACUGCAAAAAGUGGGCAGAUAUUGUAACUGACUUGAACACACAAAAUCCUGAGUAUCUAGAUAUCCGGCACUUGGAAAGGGGACUUCAGUAUCGGAAGACAAAGAAGGUAGGAGGAAAUCUGCAUUGCAUCAUUGCUCUCCAGAGGCUUAGCUGGCAAAGGUUUGGCCCCUGGAACUUCCCAUUUGGAAAUUCUAGACAAGACUUGCAACCCCCGUCACAGACGCCGGGUAUCGCCAAGUCUGAGAGCGAAGACAAUAUUUCUAAGAAGCAGCAUGGGCGCCUGGGUAGAUCUUUCAGUGCUAGCUUCCACCAGGAAUCUGUCUGGAAGAAGUUGUCUCACCUUCAUGAAAGGCGGAAUAGCGGCUUUCAGAGUUACACAGAUUAUGACGGGAAUGACUAAAAAGAACUGCUUGUGCAACUGGUGUCCUGUAAAGUAUUCCGUAAGACAGGUUUAAAGUACAUUAUGCACAUAGUAGAGAGAGGGUGUAAAUUUCAGUGCAACAUGCAACCUUAGCAAUGUUUGCUGCAUUAAACCUGUGAAUGUCAGGGAUGCCGAGAAACACUAGCUCAAAGAUAAGCACAGAAUAUUGUACACUUUACAAUCCAGUAUAAUCAGCAAUUGACCUGCGUUUCUGACCAUGAAAUCGGAAGGAAAAAAAAUCAAGAUCAAAGCCAUUGCGGGGAGGGUGGGGGGCCCUGGG